GGGCGGGGGAGGGCGCGUCCGGUUUCUCUCAGGGGACGUUCAAAUUAUUUUUGUAACGGGAGUCGGGCGAGGACGGGGCGUGCCCCGACGUGCGCGCGCGCGCCGGCUUCCCCGCGCGCCUCCAGAGCUCGCUGCCGCCGGCCCGGGGGAGAGCGUCAUGCCGCCCAAGACCCCCCGAAGAGCGGCGGCCGCCGCUGCCGCUGCCACUGCCGUGGAACCCCCGGCACCGCCGCCACCGCCUCCUCCUCCUGAGGAGGACCCGGAGCAGGACAGCGGCCCCGAGGACCUGCCUCUGGCCAGGCUUGAAUUUGAAGAAACAGAAGAACCUGAUUUUACUGCAUUAUGUCAGAAAUUAAAGACACCAGAUCACAUCAGAGAAAGAGCUUGGUUAACUUGGGAGAAAGUUUCAUCUGUGGAUGGAAUAUUGGAAGGUUAUAUUCAAAAGAAAAAGGAACUUUGGGGAAUCUGUAUUUUUAUUGCAGCAGUUGACCUAGAUGAGAUGCCAUUCACUUUUACUGAUCUACAGAAAAACAUAGAAACCAGUGUCUAUAAAUUCUUUGAUCUUCUAAAAGAAAUUGAUACCAGCACCAAAGUUGAUAAUGCUGUGUCAAGACUGUUGAAAAAGUACAAUGUGUUGUGUGCACUCUACAGCAAAUUAGAAAGGACAUGUGAACUUAUAUAUUUGACACAGCCCAGCAGUUCGCUAUCUACUGAAAUAAAUUCUCUGUUGGUCCUAAAAGUUUCUUGGAUCACUUUUUUACUAGCUAAAGGGGAAGUAUUACAAAUGGAGGAUGAUUUGGUGAUCUCAUUUCAGUUAAUGCUGUGUGUGCUUGACUAUUUUAUCAAACUCUCACCUCCUGCACUGCUUAGAGAACCAUAUAAAACAGCGGUAAAACCCAUUAAUGGUUCACCUCGAACACCUAGACGAGGUCAAAACAGGAGUGCCCGGAUAGCAAAACAACUAGAAAAUGAUACAAGAAUCAUUGAAGUUCUCUGUAAAGAACAUGAAUGUAAUAUAGAUGAGGUGAAAAAUGUAUAUUUCAAAAAUUUUAUACCUUUUAUGAAUUCUCUUGGAAUAGUAGCUCCUAAUGGACUUCCAGAGGUCGAAAUUCUCUCUAAACGAUAUGAAGAAAUUUAUCUUAAAAAUAAAGAUCUAGAUGCAAGAUUAUUUUUGGAUCAUGACAAAACUCUUCAGACUGAUCCUAUAGACAGUUUAGAGAUACAGAGAACACCACGAAAAAGUAACCCUGAUGAAGAGGUGAAUAUGAUUCCUCCACAGACUCCAGUUAGGACAGUUAUGAAUACCAUCCAGCAAUUAAUGAUGAUUUUAAAUUCAGCAAGUGAUCAACCAUCAGAAAAUCUGAUAUCCUAUUUCAAUAACUGCACAGUGAACCCAAAAGAAAAUAUCCUGAAGAGAGUGAAGGAUAUUGGACACAUCUUUAAAGAGAAAUUUGCUAAUGCUGUGGGACAGGGGUGUGUUGACAUUGGAUCACAGCGAUAUAAACUCGGAGUCCGAUUGUAUUACCGAGUGAUGGAAUCUAUGCUUAAAUCAGAAGAAGAACGAUUAUCCAUUCAAAAUUUUAGCAAACUCCUGAAUGACAAUAUCUUUCAUAUGUCUUUAUUGGCGUGUGCUCUUGAAGUUGUAAUGGCUACAUAUAGCAGAAGUACAUCUCAGAAUCUUGAUUCUGGAACGGAUUUGUCUUUCCCAUGGAUUCUGAAUGUACUUAAUUUAAAAGCCUUUGAUUUUUACAAAGUGAUUGAAAGUUUUAUCAAAGCAGAAGCCAACUUGACAAGAGAAAUGAUAAAACAUUUAGAACGAUGUGAACAUCGAAUCAUGGAAUCCCUUGCAUGGCUCUCAGAAUCACCUUUAUUUGAUCUUAUUAAACAAUCAAAGGACCGAGAAGGACCAGCUGAUCACUUUGAAUCUGCUUGUCCUGUCAGCCUUCCUCUCCAAAAUAAUCAUACUGCAGCAGAUAUGUAUCUUUCUCCUGUAAGAUCCCCAAAGAAAAAAGGUUCAACUACACGUGUAAAUUCUUCUGCAAAUGCAGAGACACAAGCAACCUCAGCCUUCCAGACUCAGAAGCCAUUGAAAUCUACCUCCCUUUCACUCUUUUACAAAAAAGUGUACCGGCUAGCAUAUCUUCGGCUAAAUACCCUAUGUGCACGCCUUCUGUCUGACCACCCAGAGCUAGAGCACAUCAUCUGGACCCUGUUCCAGCACACACUGCAAAAUGAGUACGAACUCAUGAAAGACAGGCAUUUGGACCAGAUUAUGAUGUGCUCUAUGUAUGGCAUAUGCAAAGUGAAGAAUAUAGACCUUAAAUUCAAGAUCAUUGUAACAGCAUACAAGGAUCUUCCUCAUGCUGUUCAGGAGACAUUCAAACGAGUUUUGAUCCGAGAAGAGGAGUAUGAUUCCAUUAUUGUGUUCUAUAACUCAGUUUUCAUGCAAAGACUGAAAACAAAUAUUCUGCAGUAUGCCUCCACCAGGCCUCCUGCUUUGUCACCAAUACCCCACAUUCCUCGAAGCCCUUACAAGUUUUCUAGCUCACCCUUACGGAUUCCUGGGGGGAACAUCUAUAUAUCACCCCUGAAAAGUCCAUAUAAAAUUUCAGAAGGUCUACCAACGCCAACAAAAAUGACUCCAAGAUCAAGAAUCUUAGUGUCAAUUGGUGAAUCAUUUGGGACUUCUGAGAAGUUCCAGAAAAUAAAUCAAAUGGUAUGUAACAGCGAUCGAGUGCUCAAAAGAAGUGCUGAAGGAAGCAACCCUCCUAAACCACUGAAAAAACUGCGCUUUGACAUUGAAGGGUCAGAUGAAGCAGAUGGAAGUAAACAUCUCUCAGGGGAGUCCAAAUUUCAACAGAAACUGGCAGAAAUGACAUCUACUCGAACACGAAUGCAAAAGCAGAAAAUGAAUGAUAGCAUGGAUACCUCGAACAAGGAAGAAAAAUGAGCAUCUCAGGACCUUGGUGGACACUAUGUACACCUCUGUGUCUCCCAGGAUGAGACUGUGUAACUCUCCCAGGGUCUGUUUACAGCCCAUUUAACAUCUCCAGCUAUCUGUAGAUAUGAAAUGUGCAGAUGCAAGUUGCAUAUUUAUGUGGGUGAUUCCUAAGCCACUUUCAAUGUUGUGGUCAAUGGUAGAUAUAUUAUUAUCAUACAAGAUUGAAAAUCUUGGGUAAACCAUGCCAUUUAAAAAGUAAUGGCAGCUGGGCGGUGGUGGCUCACACCUGUAAUCCUAGCUACUCAGGAGGCAGAGUUCAGGAUGAUCGAAGUUUGAAGCCAGUCCAGGCAAAUAGUUCGUGAGACCCUA